UUUGGUUGUCAACUUCAUCAUUCUCUAAUUUAAUUUGGGACUCAUGAUGGCUGAAAAUUCAUGGACGAGAGAGGAGAACGAGAAGUUCAAGGAUUCACUAGUGGUGUUCUCUGCCUUUUUGCCUACUCGAUUGGAGAAAAUUGCCGAGUAUUUGCAAAAACCGGUGCCUGAUGUUAAGAAGCAUUACGAGGAAAUGGUCAAUGAUCUUUUACGAGGAAUAGCUUUUCCUAAUGAAUUAAAUGAGGCUCAGAGUUCCUACGAGGCAGAGAGAACUAAAUGGUGUAAAGAAACACACGAAUGGUUUCUGAUCGGGUUAAAGCGGUAUGGGAAAGACUGGCGUAAAAUUUCUAUCUUACUGGAUACCAAGAACCCGAUGCAAGUUGCAAUGUAUGCACAUAAGUAUUUCAACUGGCAAAACUCUGAGAAAAAUGUGAUAGAUUCGCCAAGAGCCAACGUGAUGAAACGACGGAGACACAACAGUACAUAA